AUGAAGCCCGUCCUGCUUAUCUUCAUGCUGGUUCUUUCCAUUGAACUUGGGCAUUGUUCGAAAAUGACCGGUCCAUUUGAAGCUCUUUUUUUCUACUAUGCCUAUCAGAUCGAUGCCGCAGCUGCAGCCAGAGCAGCCGAAGACGGGAUCUCAUAUGAGGCCACAAUCGGAGGUGACUGUAUUGGUAAAGAUUGUACCUUGGAGGCCUUUUUGAGAACGAUCAUGGAUCCAUAUUAUGCGGAAGAUCUCACGCCCACUUCAACUGGAUCCACUAGAAGCCCUGACGUCUAUGCAACAGCCGAGGAGAUUGAUACGUAUUGGAAUUACAAUGGUAGCGACUUACAGGCUGACGAAAUCAUCAAGAAUGCUCCGGAUUACUUUGCCAAUGUGGUCAAUGCUGUCGCGAGUAAAAUACAAGAGGCUCGAGCAGUUGUGCCAUCUACCGAUCUGAUGGACAAGGCAGGUGGCCUUGAAAUGGGCGCAGGCCGUGAGGCUCAGUGA